AUGUCUACUUCAAGCACAAGCCGAGCGCAGGUGUUAUUCGGACCUAAAAACUUACGCCUGAUUGACAGACCCAUUGAUCUACCCGGCCCAGGAGAAGUCCAAGUACAGAUUAAGUCAACCCCGUUAUGUGGUUCUGACCUUCAUUAUUUCUCGCAUUAUGCAAAUGGAGACAUCAUAAUUCGGGAGCCUCUUACUCAGGGACACGAAACUGCUGGAAUUAUCGUUGCAUUGGGCACCGAAGUUGACCAUUUGAAAGUCGGCGGUCGGGUUGCACUGGAAGUUGGCGUCCCAUGCGAAAAAUGUUUCCAUUGCCAGGACGGCCGAUAUAAUGUAUGUCCAGACCUGCGUUUUAGGAGCAGCGCAGCGUCCUAUCCGCAUUUUCAAGGAACAUUGCAGGAGAAAGUCAACCAUCCCGCUCGUUGGUGUCACAGGAUCCCCGAUUCUAUGUCCUUUGAUGAUGGUGCGUUGCUCGAACCUCUGUCAGUGGCGAUCCAUGCAUUUCGAAAGGCCGAUAUCCGAAGUGGCUCCCCAGUUUUGAUAAUUGGAGCCGGGGUUGUUGGUCUUCUUUGUGCGGCCGUUGCUCGACAUCGGGGAUGUAGGCGCAUAGUUGCCGCAGACAUAGCGCCUGGUCGCCUAGAGUUUGCACAAACCAAUGGUUUUGUAGAUGCUCAGUAUACUAUUGUCCCUAAGAGGGGUAAAGAUCUUAAGGAAGAUCUUGCCAUAUCGAAGGAAACUGCUGCGAAUCUGAUUGCGCUCAGCGAAGGGAGUGGAUAUGAUGCCGUUUUUGAAUGUACUGGAGUCGAGGCUUCGGUGAGGACCUCAAUAUACGCUUGUCGUCCAUCUGGUGAUGUUCUUCUCGUGGGAAUGGGGACUCCAAUACAGACUUUGCCCGUGUCUGCGGCUGCAUUCUGCGAAGUAAAUCUCAAAGGUAUCUGGCGAUAUGCAGAUACGUAUCCUACUGCACUCAAGAUCAUGGAAUCGAUCGAGCAACAGUACCUGAAAGCAGAUGCUAGGAAGCUAAUCACACACAAGUUCAAAGGCUUAGAGUCUGUCCCGGACGCCUUUGCUCUGGCUGCUCGAACGCAGGACGAAGAAGGGAACCUAGUGAUUAAAGUAGUAGUUCAGAACUGA